UAGAUCUAUAUAAAUAAUGCCAAGGCCAAGAAAAUCAACUCACUUGCAAUAAAAACCCGUAUGUACGCAAGCGCAGUGAGACGUCCGACAUAUUGCGCCAAGUUUUCAUGAUUUUUUUGCACAAAUCAAAUGCUGAAAUGGCAUCACUUCAGUGACUUGAUCAUUGAUGAACAUGAUGAAGAUAAUAUUACUAGAAGUUCUGAGUCUGGGAAGCAAUCAGUUAUAGACCAGUGACAAUACCGGUACUGUGAAUACAUUACAGCACAAGCCAGAAUAAAGACUCUUCUUGCCAUGAUUGAUUAUGAUAUUAUGUGACUCCAAAUGUAAUCCAGAUUUAUUCUAGACAGAAUCUCUUCUCUAGACAAGUAGAGGAAUGCUGACUUGUUUUUGUAGUCUAAUUCUUGAAUCUAGUCUAGCUAGACUUGAUUUAAAAAGACUUUUCACCAACUGAGGCUACUGACAAAGACUACUUGGACUUGUAGAUUCAAAUCAGACUAAGAGGAGCAGCCAGCAAUAUUUUCAUCGCUUUACUUUAUACAGAUUGACAUCAUCAUUCCAAUUCUUUCAAGUCCAAAUUUGAUACCACAUAUCAUUUUUGAAAAUGUCAAAUGCUGAAUUAUGGGAUUUAGAUACAAGUGGAGGUAUUAUGGAACAAAUUCAAAUGCUUGUUGCACCACCUGUCAGUGCUGAUGCAUUGCGAAGAUCACGGAGACGCAGAGAGCGUGAUGUCUAUAGACGUCCAGGUCGGGCAGUCAAUCAUGACUGUUGUGAUAGCUGCAAAGAAGGGGGUGAUCUGAUAUGUUGUGAUCGCUGUCCUGCUGCUUUUCAUUUGCUGUGCCAUGAUCCUCCUUUGUCAGAAGAAGAUUUGCCUACUGGUGAGUGGCUUUGCCACAAAUGCAAGAUUACACCACUUGAGAGUAAAGAAGAUGAUACUGAAAGUACAUCUAGCAAAUCUUCUAAUCGAUCAAAUCGAACUAAAAGACCUGCAGCACAUAUGGAGGCAGAUGGAGAAUUAGAUCAUCCUUUAAAGACGCUUGUGAAAGCUGCCCGUUUAAUGAAUCCUAUGCAGUUUGAUGUGGGAAAGGAGAUAUCCUGCAACAAACCUCUCCCAGGCAGUAGCAAGCGAGUUUAUGGUAAAGUUACAAAAAAUGUUCCUAAGAAACUAGCACAUGAACUAGACAAUGGAUUAGUUCCACUACCUGCCAAAGUUUGCUUCUCUUGUAACAAAAGUUGCAGAGUUGCACCACUAAUUCAGUGUGACUACUGCCCUCUCUUGUUUCAUUUAGACUGCUUGAAUCCACCUCUAACUUCCUUACCAACUGGCAGGUGGAUGUGUCCAAAUCAUGUGGAAAAUUUUCUAGAUUCUCACUUACUUAAAAGUCAAAGCCUAACUGAACGCUUACGUUUAUGGGACAGAUAUACAGGUCUUGUUGAUAGUCAUGCUGUCAAAGUAGAUUUUUUGAACAAAAUACAUCGCAAGCAUCCCAUGUUCAGGUUUAGGAGAAAACUGCCAUCAAGACUUAGUAUAAGUGUUCCACCAGCUGUUAAAUAUUUUUAUCAAAACCCACCUACCUUAUUACCAGAUCCUGCUCGUAAUGUUUCUUGUACCAGUAAUGUAAAUAAUUCUCGGGGAACAUCUUUGGCAACUCUGGAUGAGCAAGAGGAUUGGUUGUCCAGUGUUGUGUCCAUGCAGGCAAGCAUAGCUAAGUAUUUGGCUCAAAAGCAGAUCAAAAGAUCAUCUGAGAAUAACCGCAUUUCUGAAAUGACCAUUACAGUUGGGACAAGUAAGCCAACUGCAUCAGUUGCACCAGUAGUUCAGAAAGAGACAGAUCAGGUUGAGGCUGAGCACAAAACUGAAGCUAUUUUGUCUAAUAAUUCUAACAUUGACUGUGAUAGGGAUAAGCAGCUAAACUCUACUGUGCCACCUUGCACAGAGCACAUAUCUGUGUUCAAUAAUCUGACUUGUGCUGCCACAGAUGUCAAAAACAAUUCUUUGCAAAUUCUGACUUUGGAUAUUCCAAGUCGUGGUAUUGUGUCUUUGUUGCCCAACAACCUUGUGGGUGGCAGUAACAUGUCUAGUCCUCAAGAACUCUCACCCAACCAGCUAGCAGCCAGCUGCACAGAGAGAGCUGUUCCUGAAGACGCUGUGUCAGUGUUGAGGGGAAGGAGUAACAGUGUAGAUUCUUCCUCUUUGUGCAGGCCUUUGUGGUCAGGAGGAGAUAAUAAUUUGAAUGUCAAUGGAGAUAUCAACAGUAACACUAAUUGUGGCAGCAAACUUCUUGUGAAUAGUGCUAUACAAAAUAAUUCUAAAUGUAUUUCUGGAAGAUCUCAGCCAGCCAAGGUGAUUCUUCCAAGUGUGAAAGGACCACAUUUUAACAGCAAUGGCAGUCAGUCUCAGAGGGUUAUUGUACAGUCCUCUAACAAAACUCAAGUUUCAGUUGCAAGCUCUGGUUCAACACCUAAAGUCAUAACAGUCUCUGCAACAACAUCUGUCUGUAAUUCAAGUAGUUCCAUUCCCUCUAAAAACAGUCAUGUCAGCAGUCUUAUUGGAUCAGGGCCAAACAUUGCUCAUCUGAAUUCAAUUUUACAACAAUGUAUAGAAGGAAAUCCUGAUGAUGUCGAGUUUUCUAAAAUAGAUGAGCAGCUUACUCAAAUAUUAGCAUGGCAACGUCUGCAGCAGUUGUUACCCACCAAAUCAACAUCCACAAAUGCUACAACCACCACUAACCUCAGUGGUACCCAGUCCACCACCAACAAGAAAGGACUUUUGAAUGUUUAUCUUUCACAGCAAACAGCAUCAGAAGUUCGAUCUAGAGCUGUACUUUGCCCCUUAUCAGGCCAGGGUCAGGCCAUUCCUAUGCCCUAUAGGUCAUUGAGUCUAGGAACAGGAGCUGAUAUGGAUGUUUGUCUUAGUCAUUAUGGUUAUUGUAAUUUCAUCUCCAGUCAUCAUGCAACACUAUUCUAUGAUGAGAUGAGUCGACACUUCGAGCUCCUCAACUAUAGUGAGCAUGGCACCACAGUGGACAAUGUCCUUUAUUCCUGUGAUUUUUCGGACAAGCCAGCUACUACACCUCAACCCAGUCCUGUGAUAUCUGCUGUUAGAGACAUUAUUCAUGGGAGCAGCAAGAGUAACAGAAUGACAGAUUUGGGCAACAAAGAUAAACAAAGAAUGUCCUCAAGAGCUAAUGGGACAGUGAAAUCAUGCGGUUGUAAAGCAAGUAGCUCUAGUCUGAUUGGAGGUAGUGGAGCUGGAUGGGAGGGUACUGCUCUGUUACACCAUGGCAGCUAUAUCAAAGUAGGCUGUCUGCAGUUCGUUUUCAGCAUAGUUGAUCAUGCCCCUGAUCAGCUGUCUUACCAAAAGCAGGAGACAUCUCCCUUGUCACAGCCUGGGACAGCUGCCGUCACCACUACCACCAGAUUCUCUUCAAUGCCUUUGAUAUCAUCCUCACCUCAUUUACACAACCAGCCUGCCAUGUCAUUGCUUAAGUCUCACCUAAAAACAGCAGCUUUGCCCUAGCUGGACACAUCUGUAGAUACUAAGGGUAGUGCUGUUUUACAAACAUGUAUAUAUACAAAGAUUUCUCUUCAUGCUCUUGAGAGCUGCACAAUGGUUUAAUAUAUUUUAAUAUGUUUAGAUUCUGUGAAUCUGUUCUUCUGUAAUUUACACAAGUUUUGUUUUCACAAAAUAAUUGUCUCUUUAGCUGCAAUAGACUUAUUGUUUGUUAGUAAUUCAAGUUACUGUACUUGAUGUUCAAUUAGUUCACAUUUCAGCACAUUCUAUUAUAAAAGGCAUUCAUAUUGUAUUUGUAAUUAAAACAGGCCUAGGUCAGCUCAAUUAAUGGUUGUAGGGAAAUGUAUAGACUAAGUUGAACAGCUUUAUUGUACAUGUUUUGUUAAUAAUGUCAGCUUGCAAAUUUGUUAUAAUUAAUAAGAAAUAAAGUACUUAAAUAUUAA